AUGGAGAUGGAGGAGGAAAAAAGACGCUCUCCAAACUAUCGUGGGGAAGCGUGUAUCCCCGAGAGCCUCUUUGAUCGCGUAACGCUUGCGUUACGCGGCGAUCUCGAACAUGAGCGGGACAGGCGUCUCCAACUGGCGGACACUAUCUUGAAGCAUCGAGAUGAGUUUGCCUUUGCUCAUCUCGAGAACGAGAGAGCUCUGACGUCUCUGCGUGACGAGCUAAGGGUAGCUCGUGGGAUUGUUGAUCGGUCUCGGGAUGAGAUAACUGCUCUUCAGACCCUUGUCGAUGCCCACCAUCGGGAGCACAAGGCUCUCUGCGAGAUGCUUGAGCGCAAGGGCGUUCUUCAUCGGAAGAAGCAGCGUACUGAUGGUACGUCUCAAGCCGACCAACAUAAAACGUGGGAUGCGUUCGCAUCUUACGUGGCAGUUCGAUCGUGUAUGCGUUGCCUAGGCGAUGCAAUACACGAAAUGGGCCGAUGUACUUGGGUAGAAGCUUACUGCUACCCAAGUUAG